UGACAGACAGACAGACAGACAGACAGACAGACAGACAGACAGACAGACAGACAGACUGACAGACAGACAGAGACAUUGAUCUUGUUGCGUUUCAGGAAGUGUCCCUCAGAUUCAGUUCGACCUCAACUGAAGAACAUCUCAGAGAGAGAGAGAGAGAGAUGUUGCUCCAUUCUGUGUUAAUGUUGAUCGCCCUCAGCUGCUGCUGCUCUGCUGCAGAUCCUCCACUGAUUCGUCUGAACUCCGUCUUCCUGAACAACCAGACUGAGAAGGUGCUGAGGGCCGGCACCGCCUUCUCUCUCAUCUGCCAUGGUAACGGCUCAGUCCAUUGGUCCAGCACCGCGUUUCGUUUUCCACAUCAGGACAAACCCUCGGACGUUGUGGAGGUGAAGAGUUCAGUCCCGAGACACACCGGGGCGUAUCGCUGUGGGUACACUGACCGGAGCUUGGAGCACCUGAACACCUGGAUCCACCUGUACAUCACAGACCCGUCUGACCCGUCCAGUGGGUUCGUCACUCCUCUGCACUCGCCCCCUAAUGUCAAAGAAGGCCUGGACUUCUUGUUCAGGUGUCUGCCCACCGACCCGUCCAUCACAAACCUCACCCUCCAAUCGGAGGGUAGCACGGGGGAUAGGGGGCAAGGCCUGCCCCAGGACAUGAACGUGACCUUCGACCCCCGAAGAGGAGCACUGAUCCGAGACGUACAGAGGUCUUUCAACGGACGCUACGUCUGUUCAGGCUGGAAGGACGGGAGACAGGUCCGAUCGAGACCUGUCGACCUGCUGGUGGUGCCCAGGCUGCGUCAUCCACCCUGCCUGUCUGUCAGUCAGGAGGAAGUAGUUCGUCUGAAAGGUGAAAAGUUUGAGGUCACCUGUCUGAGCAGUAACCCCUCCCACUUCUACAACCUUACCUGGACACACCCACACAUUCAGUCACUGAGCGAGAGCAUCAGCCGUCACUAUGGAAACCAGCGCCUGUCCCUCAACAGCACGGUGUCGCUCUCGGCUGUGGAACCGAGUCACAGCGGAACCUUCACCUGCACCGCGGUCAACGAGGCGGGAGCCGCCCGGGCCACCACACAGCUCAGAGUCCUGGAGCGGCCCUUCCUGAUCAUCUACCUGCAGCCCAGCCAGCAUGCUAACGCUAACACCAGGACCAAAGCGGUUGAAGGCGACCUGUUUGCUAAUGUUAGCAGCAUGCCGACGAAGCUAGAUGCUAACAUUAGCAGUGGUUCACCGGGAGUCGAUGGGAGAAAGUUUGCUAAUGUGAGCCCCAAUGGCACGCAUAUAAAUGACGCUAACAAUGCUAACACUAGCAGCAACAGCAAAGUGGAGGAGCAUGAAGGCCGAGAUGUGACGUUAACAUUCAUGAUAGAGGCAUAUCCUCCAAUCAGGAACCACCACUGGACGACACACAUCAACAACAAUAACAAUGAUACACUGUACCAGGGGAGCUACAGUGCUAACGGCUACAGGUCCAAGGCCAGUCUGCUGCUGCGGCGCGUCCGUCAGGAAGAUCGGGGUCGAUACUCCUUUCAUUACUCAAACUCAUUCUUCAGUGGUUCACAGAACGUCGAUCUUAGAAUUUACCGUUCUCCCAGUGCUCAGGUGAGUCUGCAGAAUGACACGCUGACCUGCAGCAGCGUCGGAUAUCCUCUACCCACAAUCCUCUGGUACACCUGCCCUGGGGUCCGGGACACGUGUGGAGACGGCCCCACCUAUAGGGUUCCUUCAGCCCAGGUGACAUCACAGAAAGAGGAGGAGGCGGUGAGGACACACCUCCCUCUGCCAGCUGACAAUGAUGUCACUAUCGAGUGCGUUGCCUUCAAUGAGCUGGGAGAGUCGCGUCAGGUCUUCAGUCCUGGAGAACCACAACUGUUCUUCACUCUGCCUCUGAUUGGAGCUCUGACCUCUGCCGCCGUCCUCCUCCUGCUGCUAUUGGUCGUCUCUUACAAGUGGAGACAGAAACCAAAAUAUGAGAUUCGUUGGAAGAUCAUCGAGAGCACAGACGGAAACAGCUAUACCUUCGUUGACCCCACUCAGCUGCCGUACAACCACAAGUGGGAGUUUCCUCGAGACAAACUUCGCCUGGGUGCAGUUCUGGGUUCGGGUGCGUUCGGGAAGGUCGUCGAGGCGACGGCGUACGGAAUGGGAACCGACGACAACGUCACCAGAGUCGCCGUCAAGAUGCUCAAACCCAGCGCUCACUCGGAGGAACGUGAAGCUCUGAUGUCCGAGCUCAAGAUCCUCAGCCAUCUUGGUUACCAUGACAACAUCGUCAACCUGCUGGGAGCCUGCACUCGAGGAGGCCCCAUGCUGAUGAUCACAGAGUACUGUAGCCAUGGCGACCUGCUCAACUUCCUGCGGGCUCACGCUCACGAAUUCAUGACGUCCGUUCUGAACGUGAAGGAACAUGAGGACGAGGUGUUCUAUAAGAACCUUGCCGCCCAGAACACCAGAGUCAGGAGUGACAGUGGAAUAUCAUGUUGUUCAGAGUAUCAGGAGAUGCUGCCAGUUCAAACCCAGAAAGGUGUGCACACAGACGGCCUGUCUGUCCGUGACCUCAUGGCCUUUUCCCUCCAGGUGGCUCAGGGUCUCGACUUCCUGUCUGACAGAAAUUGUAUCCACAGAGACGUAGCAGCGAGGAACGUCUUGUUGACUCAUCUUCGAGUUGCAAAGAUCUGUGACUUUGGUUUGGCCCGAGACAUUCACCAUGACGACAGCUACAUCGUCCAGGGAAACGCUCGUCUCCCAGUGAAGUGGAUGGCGCCGGAGAGCAUCUUCCAGUGCGUGUACACGCUGCAGAGCGACGUGUGGUCGUACGGCGUCUUGCUGUGGGAGAUCUUCUCUCUGGGUAGGAGUCCGUAUCCAAGUGUUGCCGUGGAUACCAAUUUCUACAAGAUGAUCAAAGAUGGCCGCCACAUGUCUCAGCCAGACUUCGCUCCAGCCGAGAUGUAUCAGCUGAUGAUGCUCUGCUGGAGUCUGGAGCCCGCCCACAGACCAACCUUCAAAACCAUUGGUCAGCUCAUCAACAGGCUCUUCCCCUCCACCAAUGACAUGUCGCCACAUCACAGCCACCAGGUGACAGCGUACAGGAACGUCGACGAGUUUAAAGAAGAAGAAGAACAAGAUGAGGAAGAGGUGAAUGGAGAGAUGGUGAAGAGAGGAGAAGAAGAAGAGAGCGGACAGAGAGAGCGCCGUGCCGAUGGAGAGGAGGAGGAGACAAAGAUGAAGAACAUUUAUCAGUCUUCUUGAUCGUCCAAUCAAAACCCUGUUUAUUAACCAAUAAGAAGCAGACCUUCUUAUCACUGCUGAAAACCUUCUGGAUAAACUGAAGUAAACAUGAAACCUUUAUUGAAAGAUUCAGUGUCAACAGACUCGGGGUCACAUGAUCUCUUUCUGAAACAUAAAGGUGUGUUUUCACACGUUGUCAUGGUAACCUAAUAAAGAUUCAUCUUAUAGAAUGUCAUCAUCAUAAUCUUUAUAUACAGUCACUGAUCCUCUUUAUAUACAGUCACUGAUCCUCUUUAUAUACAGUCACUGAUCCUCUUUAUAUACAGUCACUGAUCCUCUUUAUAUACAGUCACUGAUCCUCUUUAUAUACAGUCAGUGAUCAUCUUUAUAUACAGUCACUGAUCCUCUUUAUAUACAGUCACUGAUCAACUUUAUAUACAGUCACUGAUUCUCUUUAUAUACAGUCACUGAUCAUCUUUAUAUACAGUCACUGAUUCUCUUUAUAUACAGUCACUGAUCAUCUUUAUAUACAGUCACUGAUUCUCUUUAUAUACAGUCACUGAUCAACUUUAUAUACAGUCACUGAUCAUCUUUAUAUACAGUCACUGAUCAACUUUAUAUACAGUCACUGAUUCUCUUUAUAUACAGUCACUGAUCAUCUUUAUAUACAGUCACUGAUCAUCUUUAUAUACAGUCACUGAUUCUCUUUAUAUACAGUCACUGAUCAUCUUUAUAUACAGUCACUGAUCCUCUUUAUAUACAGUCACUGAUCAUCUUUAUAUACAGUCACUGAUCCUCUUUAUAUACAGUCAGAUUAUUCAGAUUCAGGAAUUGACCAGAGAUCAGGAUUUUCAGAUUAAAAUUAUUUUUGAAUCAUCAUUAUUAAAUUACAUUUCAUUUAGCUGAUGCUUUUUAUCCAAAGCCACUCACAAUAAGUGCAUCAAACAUGAGGAACAAACCCAGAACAACAAGAAUCAAGAAAGUACUAUUUCUUAAAAAAAAACUAAAAACUACAAAGUGCUGUAAGUAAGUGACAUUUAAGUGCUACUAAGUUGUUGGUUUAAACUUUUAUUCAAGGUGAAGUCGGAAGAGAUGUGUUCUUAGUUUGAGUGUCGAGCUCGUUCCACCGUUCAGGAGCCAGGACAGAAAACAGUUGUGUUCUCAUCUCAUUCAUUGAUUCUAUCUUUUUGAUCUUCUAUAAUUUUCAAUCUGAUUUGGCUGUUUAUUUUUUAUUGAUUACAUUAUUGAUUGAUAUAUUUUCUUAAAUCCUGCAUAUGUUGUGAAUGAAUGAAGUGUGAAAAUAAAUCCGAAUCAAUAAAGUUGGUUUCAAAAUCA